AUGCCCGUUGUUUCCAGACCGGCCCCCGGCGCACCCAAGGUGGAGCAGCUAACACGGAUGUACCCCAAGCACCUGCCGACCUCCGCUGUCAUCGGGAACUCGCAGACCCGAUAUCUCCACCAGCACUUCGACCCCUACGAUAGAGCCGCACCCGCCUUCAUCACCAUCCAUGGCGCAUCCACCUUCGACAUCGAGAAGGAGCUCGCCAACCUCCCACGUUCUGUCAAGACGCUCGUCUUUCACGUAGGGACGACCGAGCUGGAACGAUACGGCACCGACGAGACGCUACGACGGUGCUGUCGCCUGGUCAACAACACGCUGCGAGCACGUCCGGAGCUCCACAGGCUUAUUGUGUCCCUCGUGUUGCCUCGGCACACCAAUCGACGCCUGGAUCAGUCGAACCACCGCUUCGUCCACUGGUUCAACACCGAAGCCCGGAAGUUCAACAACACUGUCAAGGGCUACUGCAGGAAACCAGGCAAGGUGACCUUCCUGGACCACGACUUCACGUCGCUGCCGCCUCUUCGAGUCCUGGCGGCUGACGGGCUGCACCCGAGCUUCACGGGAGUCGCCCUCCUCGCGGCAAACCUGAAGUCUACCUUGCAACGUGGACACUUCGACCCCUACGAUAGAGCCGCACCCGCCUUCAUCACCAUCCGUGGCGCAUCCACCUUCGACAUCGAGAAGGAGCUCGCCAACCUCCCACGUUCUGUCAAGACGCUCGUCUUUCACGUAGGGACGACCGAGCUGGAACGAUACGGCACCGACGAGACGCUACGACGGUGCUGUCGCCUGGUCAACAACACGCUGCGAGCACGUCCGGAGCUCCACAGGCUUAUUGUGUCCCUCGUGUUGCCUCGGCACACCAAUCGACGCCUGGAUCAGUCGAACCACCGCUUCGUCCACUGGUUCAACACCGAAGCCCGGAAGUUCAACAACACUGUCAAGGGCUACUGCAGGAAACCAGGCAAGGUGACCUUCCUGGACCACGACUUCACGUCGCUGCCGCCUCUUCGAGUCCUGGCGGCUGACGGGCUGCACCCGAGCUUCACGGGAGUCGCCCUCCUCGCGGCAAACCUGAAGUCUACCUUGCAACGUGGAGCAAAUUUCGUGGACGAGCGGAGUUCGCUUCCGGCUUUCGACGAGAGCGGACGGACGAUGAUUCGCUCCGAUAACGGCGCGUUAUCGGCCCACGCGGGCCGAGGAAGCAUCGACGCUGCAGCCAGCAGUAGCGAUGAGUAUCGUGUGGUGUUGCCCCGUUUCCCAGAUGGAAAAAUGUGUCUGAAUUCCGUGUUUUUGCACGCGGACCUGAUGGGAAGACCGUACCGUGCUGUGGAUUUUCGAGACGGACUGAAGGACAUCGUGGACAUGACGGACGUGGUUUCAAUUGGACAAUUCCAAAUGAGCCACAUAUGGAUGAUCACUCUCGCAAGCAUGGCUGCCACAGAAAAGAUGAAAAGGAUUGGACAGCUCACGGUCAAGGGGCGGAAGUGUCUGGUGCUGGAUCCCAACGCAAAGGACAUUAGGGUAAGGCUACUUUGGCUCCCAACGUAUCUGGAAGACAGACGUGUGGUGGAAGCUCUCGAGCCUUACGGUAAAGUUCGUAACAUCGUUAGGGAGAAAUGGCGAGUCCCGGGAAUGGAACACCUGGAAACCAUGAACAGAGAAGUCAGCAUGACGCUGCACGACGCCGUCAGCUCUUCCGACCUGCCCCAUAUGAUCAAGGUAUAUGGGGUGCAAUCCCUUGUCAUUGUGCCUGGAAGACCACCGCUUUGCCUACGGUGCAAAAAAGUAGGCCAUAUCCGGAAACAGUGCCGCGCACCAAAAUGUACCAAGUGCAACAAAUUUGGUCACGAAGACAACGAGUGCUACGCGACCUAUGCCACGGUGCUGAGGCGCGGUGACGAGGAUGCCGAAUCGAAUCUCGACCAGUUCAUGGACGUGUCCGAAGUAGUGGGAGCCAACGGCGAAGUGGGGGCGUCCACGGGCGGCCCUGCAAACAGUCUUCCCUCCGUACCAGGCGAGACCGGCGCCAUCAACGACCACCAGCCACAAGACCCAGGAGUCAUACCUGUGUCCUCGAAGACAGGGGAUGAUUCUUCCAUGGAGCAAGGCAGUAACUGCGGCAGUGCUGCUACACCUUCGGAGCUGGACGACCGAGACCAAGGUGAAACCAAGCAAGCAGGUCCCUUUCCCGAGGGUCAAGGGAACGGAGUGGACACAAACUCUGCUCUGGGAACUGGUGUCAGUGACGUCAAGCGAAAGAAAUUGGAACCGGGGGUCACAUACGCAAGUAAGCGCAUAAACGUGUCGAAGCCGCUUGCGCGGCAAGCCCAGGAAAAGCCACCCCCUUAAGCAGCGAUGGGCGGUUUCCGCUUCGCCAGCUUAAAUGUACGCGGUUUUCAUUCGAGGAAAAAGCAGAAUCAGCUACACCGUAUACUCGAAGAAAAGGAGAUUGACUUUUUAGCAGUACAAGAGACAAAGCUAGAGAAUGAGGAAGAGGUUGACCGCGCUUUACCACUUUUUUUGAGAAAAUACGAGGUAUGUGUCAGCCAUGCUGCCGGUCUUUCGGGGGGGUGUUUCUUGUUUAUAAAAAAGUCAGUUCAGUUAAGCGAACUAGCUCUGACGGUUGACCUGCAGGGCCGCUUUGUUAUGUGUGAUUUCCGGGUGCAGGAAUGCAAGUGGCGGGUGAUUUGUGUGUAUGCACCAAACGAUGUGAAUUCUCGAGUUCAGUUUUUCAAUCACUUGCGCUCAUACUUGGUGUGUGAUAGACUAGUUGUACUCCUUGGAGACUUCAAUUGUGUUUGCGACUUAAAUGACCGAACGCCGACCAGGCCCCAUCUUGAUAGAAGUGAACAACUAUUGCUCGAAGUAGUCGAAGAGGGAGGCUUGCUAGACGUAGCCAACUUUCAAACAGGAACCAAACUCAUUCAGUUCACGCACUUUCAACGGGCGUCGCAUGCCCGACUAGACAGGUUGUAUUGUUCUAUUGAACUAAUACAACUUUUAAAUGCUUAUACUGUGGAACCUGUGUUAUUCACAGAUCACUGCAUGGUUGCGAUAACGAUUGGACAAAAACGGAGGAAGCAUAAGCGCAUCAAUUGGAAACUUUGGAAGCUAAAUUCUCAGCUACUUAAAGAUGAGUUUUUCGUGUCCGAAACGCGAAAAUUACUUAGAAAAGUAGGUCAAAACGGGGAAAACAUUUUUGCGAGGUGGGAAACCUUUAAGCAAGACGCAAAACAAUUGGCAAUCGAAAGAGCAAGCACGCUUAAUUAUUACAAGCACGAAAAAGAAAAGCAACUCCAGCGUGACUUGCAUCUUUUAUACGAGCUGGAAUGCAAAAAUCCUGGCUACGGAACAAAAGACAUAGAGUACAUAAAAGCUCAGCUUGACAGUCUUUAUCAGGAACGGUACGCGGGCGCGGUCGUGCGGUCGAGGGCAGAAAAGUUUCUCUUGGGAGAGCAACCCACAAAGAAGGCGUUGGAAGACGAAAAGAGACACGCACUGAGUAAGGAAAUACUAGAGAUAGAGCACAGAAACAGAAUCGUCACUGAUAAGGAGGAGAUCGAACGCGUCUUUCUUGAUCACUAUCGAGCACUGCUAAGCUGUCCCGCAUUCGCAGACGAUACCAAGGGUCUUGCAAAAUUGAUAACGUUACUACCGCGACUGAGUGAAGACUGUGUUGAAACCCUUGAAGAACCGAUUAGUGUGCAAGAAAUUGUAAAUGCUGUGGACGCUCUCCCACAAGGAAAAACACCGGGACCCGACGGGAUAAUCGCUGAGUUUUAUAAAGUGCACAAGAACGAGAUUUGUCUCGUGCUGCAUGAAGUUUUUCAAGAGGCCCACAAGGCAAACGCGCUCCCGCCUUCGUUUCUACGGGCACACACGGUGUUUAUUCCAAAAGAAAUGGACAACAACCAACGACGCUGCGUGAAAGGGUACCGCCCGAUAACAUUGUGUAAUGUGGACUACAAGAUUUUCGCAAAAGUACUGGCAAACAGAAUGCAAUCUAUUAUUUGUGAAGUAGUCGGGGAACAUCAAACAUGUGGGAUAAGGGGUAGAGCAAUCCAGAGCAAUAUUCACGUGGCCCGAAGUGUGUUAGAUUGUGUGUCUGGAAGAGGCGACCAAGUUGCAAUGUUGCAAAUUGAUUUAGAGAAAGCGUUUGACCGCGUUCAGCAUGAUGUCCUUUUCAAGAUACUGGCGCAUGUAGGCGUUGGGAAGAUAAUAUUACAAGGCGUUAAGAUGUCGUACACCAACUGCUACACGAGUUUGGUGCUUAACAAUAACGUGACGGAAAGUAUACCAGUCCAUUCUUCUGUGAGGCAAGGGUGCCCGCUGUCCCCCUUACUUUUUUCUUUGUACCUCGAACCACUGUGUCAGAGCAUAAUCCAAAGUUCAAAUGUCCGAGGAUAUAUCCUGCACAGCGUUGAAACCAAAGUCUUGGCUUAUGCGGAUGACGUUGCGUUUUUCUGCACCGACAAAACGAGUGUAAGCCACGCCUUGCGGUUGACGCACACUUUCUGCAAAGCCACGGGUGCCUCGGUGAACCUGCAAAAGUGCAGGGGCUUCUGGCACGGAACGUGGGCGAGCACGCCCGAAGUUUUCGAGGACAUCCAUUGGAGCUGCACUCCAUGCAACUACCUCGGUGUGCCACUGGAGAGCCACAGAAACAGCACGACCUAUUGGUCAACUGUAGCAGCAGAUAUCGACAAGCGCUCCAAGCGCUGGAUCCACCGAGAUCUGUCGAUUUUUACGAGAGCAACUAUAUGCAACGUUUUUUUGAUUGCCAAGCUUUGGUAUGUGCUACAAGUUCUACACUGUGCAAGGAACAAUAUACAAAAGUUUCACCGUGUCUUUGCGGUUUUCAUAUGGACUUCAACUUGGGAGCCUAUGCGACGGGAAAACCUUUUCCGUAGUGUCGCAGACGGGGGUGUGGGCCUGCCCCACUUAUUCGUUAGACAGUUGGUAUCACGAUUUCUUUUUUUAAGAGACCAGGAAGUCCCUUUUAUUCGCGAAGUCAUCCAAAACCAGCUGGCAUCCUUUAUCCCCAAUUUUGUUGUGUCAACCGUUGAAUAUCACCCACCAAGACUGGUGGGAUACCUGAAAGAGGUUGUUGACGCCUUUAAUUUUCUAGCGGUCCGUUUUUCUCGGGAGUACCUCGCAACUGUCUCGAGGAAAAAACUAACACGGGAUCUUGUUGAUAUUCUCUUCCCAACGCCAAUAUACCGAGUCUUGUACAAAAAUCACCCUGGGCAAGAUGUGCUGUGUCGUGUAAAAAAGAUGGGAAUUCCUCCUAGGAUCAAAACAUUCUUCUUCAAAUUACAUUGUUCUAUUUUACCCACCAAGGUAUGGUUGCAGGAGAAGGGUAUCUUUGUUCCAUGGACUGUAAACUGCUUAUUGUGUAAGGAGCCCGAAACUGUUGAGCACAUUUUUAUCAACUGCUGGGACGCAAUUUUUUUUUGGGAUGUGUUGCAGCGAACUUUGCGCAAAAGCCUAGAUAUUACACCGCAUUCCAUUCGUUUUCUGCCCGUAACGCCAGGGGACACCGUUCCGUAUGACCUUAUUAUGCUCCUUAGUUUAUACAGCAUGUGGAAAUCCCGAAUGGACGUGCGAAAUGCCGUUCAGACCCCGAAGUCUGUGCAUUGUUAUUUCAUUCAACUGGUGGCACAAGUCACCAGCGUGUACGAAGGUCGCGACACAAAGCCCGAUUGGGUACCAUUGUUUAACAAAUUGUUACAGAUGAAAGAACUGUAGUGAUAAAUGAGGGACCUAUUUUUGUA